AUGGCCUUCCUCUUCAGCCUUUUCUUUCUAUUUAUAAGUUCAACCAUAGGACUGCCAGAUGCACCUUUAUCUACCCCCUCUUCUGUUUCUGGAGCUCCGCAGUAUCUGGUGGACGUAUCCUAUAAGGCUGAUGGGCAGCUAGAAUUUACGCCCAACAUCCUCCAGGAUGUUUCUGGAGGUGCCAUUAUUGUCUUCAGUGCUCCAACAAAUGUCCCAUUCACCCUAUAUGAGACCCCGUACAACCCACCUCAGAGUCUGUGCACUUCUUACAAAAAGACCCAAGGGCUUAGCACCAAUGCUGGCACGACCCAAAUCUUUCCUGUGACGUCUGGCAUGGAGGCAAUGGCUUAUUUUGCGUGUCCCGUGGUAACUUCCAGUUGCGUCUGCGACGGAACUUCUUUGUUCUUCUUGAACCCGAAAUCUAGUAUUUCGCGACAAAGUGUCCCGUCUGUUACUAUUAGCGACAGAUCGUCUUCGUCCGCGACAGAGUCUUACGGACCUACGAAGCCCGCAGGUGCCAGUGCUUCUACCUUUGCGACCGCUGGUGCACGGUCAUCAACAACAGGUGCAGCGGCCUCUGAAACAACUGCCGACAGCAAGACUUCCCUAGCGUCUAAGUCAACUUCAGCUACAACAGGUGCAGCGGCCUCUGAAACAACUGCCGACAGCGAGACCUCGCUAGCGUCUAAGUCAACUCCAGCUGCAAAUACGCAGCCUUCUGAUGUUUGUAGCUGA